CAGCGCCUCAGUUUCAGCCAAGUUGUCGGCAAGAGGAAAUUCUGCAAGUCAUGGUGGGCCAUUCAAAGCGAGAGGGGAGUGACAGGCAUAUAGAUAUUUGAGGAAAUAAGUCCGUAGUUAGUUAGAAGUGUUUGAUGACAGUGGGCUGUGUAUGCACGUGGAUACAUUUUGAGUCAUUUGUCAGUAAACUCUUCUUGAGCUGGUCAAACUUUCGAAAGUGUAUGCUUAUAGAUAUAUAAGCUGGAUAUCAUUUGGGCAAAGAAACGUACAUCAAGGACCAAAAAAAAGAGGAUUUUCUGUCAUUCUAGGCUGACCAUAACCUAAUUUGUUUGUGUGUUUUUUUGUUUUUGCUUUUUAGUUUCUUUUUGAGUUUUUUCUUUUUUUGUUCCUUUGCAAAGAAAUGCUUUACUUGAAAAAGUACUUCACAGAGGGUCUUAUUCAGUUCACUAUCCUCCUGAGUCUAAUUGGGGUACGUGUGGACUUGGACUCUUAUUUUAACAAUCAGCUCCCCCCACUCCGUGAGAUCAUCCUGGGCCCCAGCUCGGCCUACACGCAGACGCAGUUUCACAAUCUCCGUAACACCCUGGACGGCUAUGGCAUCCAUCCUAAAAGUGUGGACCUGGACCAUUUUUUUGCAACUCGUCGGCUGCUGAACCAGGUGCGCUCCCUGGAUCAUCUGCGUGUGCCCAGCACUGAGCUGAGUGCCUGGCUGGUGCAUCGUGAUCCUGAGACUGUGGUUUCAGCAACCAGUCAGUCAGGAUCCAGCAUUGCCCUGGACAAUGGGGGCAGCCUGGAGGAUGUGAACAACUCCGAAGCCUCGGCCAUGAGAGGGGCUGGCAGUGCUUCUGAGACCACUUACAGCCUCAGCGGAGAGGACAGCCUGGGAGCCGUGGCCCCUGAGGACAGUCAGGAGCAAGGGGAGAGAGAGACCAGUGACGACCUCUCUAAAGAGGACAUUGACCUCAUAGACAUCCUUUGGAGGCAGGAUAUUGACCUUGGUGCUGGCCGAGAAGUAUUUAACUAUAGCAAUCGGCAAAAGGAGAGUGAGGCUGAUAAACCUAAUGAAGAGAACGAGGAGGCAGGUGGAAGAGAGGAAAGCUGGAGAAAUGGACUAAAUCUCCAAGCAGUGCAGAGCCAAGCUCAUGUUGAUGGAGAGACAGGAGAAAGCAUACCUGAAGAGCUUACCAGUCUCGGUGCUCAGACUUCAUUAUCCCUGCAGGAAUGUCUGAGGCUUCUGGAGGCCACCUUUCCAUUUGGAGAAGAGCCAGAGUUCCAGGCCACAGGAUCCACCUCCCAGCUUAGACCUUCAACUGAGGAAGCUCCUUCAACAUCACAAGGGAUCACCCUACAAAGCCCUCUGCCGCAGUCUGAUACACCACUUGACCUGGAGCAGCAGUGGCAGGACAUAAUGUCCAUUAUGGAACUGCAGGACAUGGAGGUAAACAAUACUGCAGUAAAUGUCAGCAUGAAUAAUGACCCCAAUAACAACAAUGCCAGCACCACAGAAUCAGUCACAAUAGGAGGUUUUGGACUCCCACGGUCCACUCUCAUUAACCAGGAUGUUAGUCUCCACCAGGCUUCGCUGCCCAGCUGCAGCCAGGACUUUCCCACACUCUUCAACCCUGAGUUGGAUUCCACUGCUGGACAGCGGCCUACCUUAGUCAGGGUCUCUACCAGCAACUCCUCCAACAUCAAUUCAACAUUUGGAGCUACUAACUUGACCGGACUCUUUCUUCCACCACCACUAAAUAGUACAACCAACCUAACCACCACUCCAGUACUGCCAGAUCCAUUUUCCAGCCUGCUGGAGGAGUCUAUGCUGGAUGAAAUCAGCCUGCUAGACCUUGCGAUGGAAGAGGGCUUCAGCCAAGCCCAGGCUUCUCAGCUCGAGGAUGAGCUUGAUUCAGACUCGGGUCUUUCACUGGACUCCAGCCACAGCCCGGCCUCUCCUAGCAACUCGGAGACAUCCUGCUCGUCAGCCGCGUCAUCAUCAUCCACCUCUGCUACAUUCUCAGAGGAAGGAGCCGUGGGCUACAGCACCGAUUCGGAGGCAGCUGCAGCAGAAACAGAGGAAGGAGCUGUCGGAGGCUACCAACCGGAGUAUAGCAAGCUAUGCCGCAUGAGCUACCAAGAUCCAUCUAAGUUCCAUGGCAUACCGCAGUUGGAAAAUGUCAAUCACAACCACACCUACAAUCUACCACUGGCAUCAUCCUAUUCUGAGCGCUCUCAGCUGUCGGCAUCCUGCAGCAAGAAAGGCAGAGACAAGCAAAUGCAGCAGACAAAACUCCAGCCACCACAAGACUUUGCUGACAGGCAGUCAAGCCGUGAUGAACGUAGGGCAAGGGCCAUGGACAUCCCAUUCUCCAAUGAAAAGAUCAUCAACCUCCCCGUUGAGGAGUUCAACGAGCUUCUGGCCAAGCACCACCUCAAUGAGGACCAGCUCGCUCUCAUUCGCGACAUCCGCCGUCGCGGAAAGAACAAAAUGGCAGCGCAGAACUGCCGCAAACGCAAGCUAGAUACCAUCCUUAACCUCGAGCAGGGUGUCCAAGACCUGCAACGUGAAAAGGCUCAGCUGCUGAAGGAGAAGAUGGAGUACGAUAAGUGCAUCAGACAGACGAAGCAGAAGGUUCAGAGCCUAUCUCGGGAACUGUUUGCACAGCUGCGGGACGAGGAAGGCAGGCCCUACUCAGCCAGCGAGUACUGUCUGCAGUACGGCCCUGACGGCGUUGUCCUCAUGCCUCGUAACAUGACCACAGAGCAAAGCAACAAGCCUGACAAGAAGCAGAAGGACAAAAAGAAGUGAGGAGCUCGAACUGCUGCCCUUUUAUUUUUCGCAAAGGCACUACCAUACAAAGUAUUUCGGAAGGCAAAGCCUUUUUCUUUGAAACGAUUGUAGGGAGGUGAAGGAAAAUUGCAUCAUUGAUUACUCUUCCUGCAUUGGGUUUUCUUUGUUCCUUUUCGGUUCAGAAGUUUUCUCCUGAAAGCGGCAUUGAAGCAGACGUGCUUUUUGUGGUACUGAUUUCUCGUUGAUUUACCUAAAAGAAAUGAGCGAAGGGAUACUUUCAGAUGCCAACUGAAGGAACUGUCAAGGAACGUGAGGUCAUGGAGGACACCGACAAGAUGUUCUUAAUUGAGAGAACUAUUCGGUAAUGCUCCCACAAAUGUAGUCGAUGACAAAAAUGCACCAUAUUAAGAUGAUUUUGACUGUAAGGAUGCAAAAAUUGUUACAUUUUCAGCAUUAGCCCAUGCUGUAUUUGUGCGUACCCUGGGAUUUCAUUGGUCAUGGUGGGUGAGGAAGAACCCCUUGAUGCUGCAGGAUGGUUGAAAAAGAGUCUACUGAAUGCUAGAAGUGAAGCCAAAAGAAACUUGAGGCAUGCCAAUACUAACCAAAGGUUGUGUUGCGCAGUUCUCUUGUUCAUGGAUCUAAAUUCCCAUUUUCACUUGGAAAAAGAGCAAAAUAAGUCUGGACAACAAAGUCACCUGAAAUUUAUCUGGAGGCUGAAUGCCAUUUGCCAAAGAACUUGGACAGCAAAACAAGUAGUGCUAAAGAGUGAGUAUGAAUUUAGCUUUGGCUUUAGGAAAAGCAUUGGAGGUACUGAUAGAGGAUGGAUACACACUGCAUUACUAAUAAAUCCGCUUCUGUACCCUUUUCAGCACUGUAAAUCAACACUGUAGUUUGCCUAUAAGCUUUUCCUCUUCUGCUGGGGAAAGGGUCUCUCAGGCCCUCCUAUCAGCUUUUAAUGUUACUCUCUCCCAUGUGCAUAAACCUUUUAAUAAGCCAUCAGACAUGGACAUCAGUACUGUUUGAAUCAUGUGAUUAGGUCUGGUGUGUCUUGGUAUACACUACAGGAUUAAUUGAAGGAAACGGAUUCAUUUGCUUCUAGAGGUCAUGUUUAUCCUUUGUCGCAGGUCAAAAUGCUUUUUGCUAUUGCAACUUACACCAGUGACUUUUUUUCUGUUGUAGUGGAGGAACGUAACAAGGUGCUUUUGUUUCAGUUGUACUGUCACCUAAAAAGGAACAGAAUGCGCACCAAUACACAAACAGUAGCGGGCACCGCACAGGUCAUUCUUAAGUUUAAACUACAAAUUCUAAUUAGCUGGGUCAGCAUCUUAGCUUUGAUGUGAUGUGAAGCUGUUUUUUUUUUUUGUUUUGUUUUUUUUACCGAAUACACUACUUUUACUAAAAGUGAUUGAGUGAAGCCAUGAAUGAUCUCUUGGCAAAAAAUGAGGUUAAGCUUGUGCCAAUAACCAAUUAGAUCAUGCUUUACUUCAGCCUGAGGACACAGCUGACCUUAUACACUGACAUAUCAAUGAAUGGGUAGAGAAAAAAAAAAAACAGCAAUGCUGAUGUGAAUGUCUAAUUUACAUAAUGUUCAACUUCGUCCAAUUCUGUCAGUCUGUCGUUUCCAUCUACACUGUUCAUAAAGCACCAUGAGACACGGUCAGUGUCCGUUUUGGCGCCACAUGAAUAAAUAUGCAAGAAAACGUUGUUGUUUUUUUGUCUCAGAAAUGGAAAAGAGACAAUCUUUAUGUUACCGGUCACAAAUACUUAGCAUAGUUCGGGUAGAGAUAAUGAAAAAAGAUAAGAGAUUCGUUCAAUUAGAUCAGUGUGUUCUCAAACCUACCCUUGUGGACCCCAAACACUGCACAUUUUGGAUGUCUCUCUCUUCAGACAAACCCAAUUUAUGUCUACUAAUGAGCUGGCAGGUGUGUUAGAUGAGAGAGAAAUCCAAAAUGUGCAGUGGUGGGGGUCCCGAGGACAGGUUUGAGAAGCACAGACUUGAGAAUCCCUGUUACAAUGUCAUAACUACUUGCCAUUAAGCACUGCUGUUUUUGUUCGUCUUGUAAAUAUUUUUGUGUUCUGUAUGUCUCUCGUCCUAAUUGCUUGGUUCAGCCAGGCCUUUUUGCACCUUCUUUGAAUUUGCCUGUUGAGUAUUCCUAUAUGAUUUAUGUUGAGAUGAGAUUUGCUGGCAAUCUGGAAUUGUUAUUUUAUUAAUUAUAAUAAACCUUUGUUUCAUUUC